UUUGUUUGACGUGACACUCCCCCUGGUCGAUGGGAGGUCGACGUCACCCUGCCAGCGGAGGAGUGGAUGGCCUCUGCAAUAAAAUACACGAAGAGAACUGAGAAAAAGGAGAAGAUUGACCGGGGGGAAAGCAGCGACACGGCAUGUAUCCCUUUUCUUUUCACCCCGCUGAAUAGCCAAGGAUAUGGGCGCCUUUUAAACCAAACAAGGAUAUAUUUUGGCCGCGGCAACGAGAGUUCCAGCUGAAAUGCGGUGUAAUGAGUGGCUUUCUUGUUUUUUUGAGCAGACAGAGAGAGAUAACUGUACUGUAUCCCAGCCUAGCGGAUUGGAGUGAAAGUCCGCCAUAUUCUGCCUUACCACGCCCGGGAGUCGAGCCAUUGGAAAAUAAACAGACAGCUUUAUUCAUGUGUUUUUCUCGCCGCCCUCAUCCGCUGACGGUAACUUGGAAACAAGUGAUUUUGGUGAUUCAAAUAUAUCAACAUUCAGGACUUUGAAGAGAGACUGGCCGGGCACAGAUGACAAUGCUUAACGAGAUCACACUGAGCAGUACGGAGGAUGUGUCUUAAAAGAAUCUGUUGAUCAUAUUGAGACGGAAAAGCAGAUUAUACCAAUUAAGAUUGCACAGAUAUUCCACGGAAACCGCUUUGGACACUGUUGCGAGGCUAUUGGGAAGCCCAGCAAGCGAAUCGAAACGGGGGGAGGGGGGCAGGUGGGGGUCAAUAUUUCAUAUAUCUGAUUUUCCUUCUCCCAUAAUCUGAACGCUGUUCAGACUCAUUAUAAGGGCGUCCACGCGUUAUUUCACCACAAGCAGGCCUGUAUGAGGACGUUAUUUGGCUUUCGCAGGCAUUUGUUUUUCCCCCUCCUAACGAAUGUGAAAUCUGGAUGACUCAGUAAGAGGGGAAAAAGCGGAAAAGUGCGUGUUGGAAAGGGAGCGAGAAUGACCCUGGAAUCCAUAAUGGCGUGCUGCCUCAGUGAGGAGGCGAAAGAAGCCAGGCGGAUCAACGACGAGAUCGAAAGGCAGCUCCGCCGGGAUAAGAGGGACGCACGCCGGGAGCUGAAACUGUUGCUUCUCGGCACUGGGGAAAGUGGGAAGAGCACAUUCAUCAAACAGAUGAGGAUUAUCCAUGGCGCUGGUUACUCUGACGAGGACAAAAGGGGUUUCACUAAACUGGUCUAUCAGAACAUCUUCACAGCCAUGCAGGCUAUGAUCCGAGCCGCGGAGACUCUUAAGAUCCCCUACAAAUACGAGCACAACAAGGGUAACGCCAACAUUGUGAGAGAGGUGGAUGUAGAAAAAGUCACCAUGUUUCAGAAUCCUUACGUAGACGCAAUCAAGAGCUUGUGGAAUGACCCAGGUAUCCAGGAGUGUUACGAUCGAAGGAGGGAGUACCAGCUCUCGGACUCCACUAAAUAUUAUCUGAACGCGCUGGACCGCAUCGCUGAAACUUCCUAUCUUCCCACCCAGCAAGAUGUGUUGAGGGUUCGAGUCCCCACCACAGGCAUUAUUGAAUAUCCAUUCGACCUUCAGAGUGUCAUAUUCAGGAUGGUGGAUGUUGGAGGUCAGAGGUCAGAGAGGAGGAAGUGGAUUCACUGCUUUGAGAACGUCACAUCCAUCAUGUUCCUGGUGGCGCUCAGCGAGUACGACCAAGUCUUGGUGGAAUCAGAUAAUGAGAACCGGAUGGAGGAGAGUAAAGCUCUGUUUAGGACGAUAAUCACGUAUCCCUGGUUCCAAAACUCCUCAGUCAUCCUGUUCCUCAACAAGAAAGACCUGCUGGAAGAAAAGAUCAUGUACUCACAUCUGGUUGACUACUUUCCAGAGUACGAUGGUCCACAGAGGGAUGCCCAAGCAGCUCGAGAAUUCAUCCUUAAGAUGUUUGUAGAUCUGAACCCAGACAGCGAUAAGAUCAUCUACUCCCACUUCACCUGUGCCACCGACACAGAGAACAUCCGUUUCGUCUUUGCCGCCGUCAAAGACACCAUCCUGCAGCUCAACCUAAAGGAGUACAACCUGGUGUAGCGCGUGGCAGGGCUUCUGGAUGGAGACCCUCAUCACACAAUGACUGACGCAAUCUGUGAAAAGAUAGAUCAUGUACACACACGUGCACACACAGAAAAAUAUCUGAGGAAAACAAAAUCUAAUGGUUGCAUAAUACUAAUUUAUUUGCCAUUUGUUGACCUCUUGGUCCCUGAGCAGUGAAUGAAGUAAAUGUUAUCUUGCUAUUUAAGGAGUUGAUGGGAAGCAGGGGGGAGGGGCAGGAUAUUUGCAAGAGUUGGGGAAGAAGCUGAUAAUAAACACAGUGUGCUCCAUCCCUCCUGCCUUUUUUAUAAACAAGAAGAAAAUGUUUUCAUUCCUUUUCUGAACCCUCCCUCCUACCUGUCAUUUCAUUCUGACGCUUCAUCAAGAGCCUUCGCCCAACAGGAAGUGAUGUAACAGAUCUGUAAUUGUAAAUUUCCUUUUUGCUUUAACAAAGCGAUUGGCAAGACUCUUGUUAAGUAGGCAUAAACUGUGAUUUUUAAAUUAUUUCAGAUUGAUUUGAUAUUGAUUAACUUCAAUCAUUAUUAUUAUUAUCAUUAUUAGUAUUAUUAUUAUUAUUACUUCUACAUAAACUUUGGUACCAUUUAAGUAGAAGGUGUGACUGUGGAAUCAGGUUCCCUGUUCACAGGUGUUGAUAGUCUUUUCCUACGUGAUAGCCAUGUGGUAUAUCACAACCAUGACGUUCAGGACUGAGGGAAGCUGGCGUUACAGAUGUUUCCUGAGCGAGAAGGAACUCACAGCUGCUCUGUCAUGUCAAAGGGGAAUGGAGAUGGCGUCAGCCACUUCACACAGACUGAAGGGAACAGAGGAGAUGAGGAUUCAUGGGACAUUAUUAAAUGUUUAUGUUCAACUGUGCCACAUUAAUGCUUUUUAUUACGGUAAUGUCUUUGUUUACUACCAAUGCCAAAAUAACUCAAGCCCCAGACUCCACUGCUGUGUUAACUACUUCACUUAAAUUGAUCAACCACCUGACUCUUGCAGGUUUUUAAGUAUUCUUCAAAGUUGAUGGUACCCCCAAAAUACUGACCCAUGCAGCAUGAACUAAAAGAAGCAUCACAUGGUCAGUAGGCUGUUUGAGACGAGGAGGCAACCUGAACUGCUCAAACUAGCUAAACCCCCAACUUCUCUCUCUCUCUCUCUCUCUCUCUCUCUUUUUUCGUCCUUCCUCCACAGUUUAGCUGUAUCUUUGUAAUUGUCCAAUCACAGCUCGACAGCCUUGACUGUUGUAGUUGAAUAGCAGUGGAGAAUAAAUUUGGCUAGUUGCUGUGUAAAAGAGCAGAGUGUUGAUGUUUAGUUUGUACCAAAGUAAGCCCUUAUUGUUUAUAAUUGGCACCUCUUACAAUUCCCAAGUUAAUUUUUAUUUUUUUUUGGUAACAGUUCUGUA